UUGUUUCCCUUUGCCAGACCGAGUGCGUAGCUGUCAGCAAAUAGAAUCGGAAGAAUAAUGUGUUGUGUAUCCAUAGUUGUGGAACCACAUUAGCGCUAGACAUCAGACGAACUGUACUCAACUGAAGAUGGCUUCACCUUCGCCAACACCAGAGAGAGCAGUGCUUGGAUUUGUUCUCUACCUGUUCUCAUAUAUCCUCUUUGGUGUGUACUUGGUGUGGGCAUACAUCCCUGAUUCAUGGCUUGAUGCUGCUGGACUCACAUACUGGCCAAGCAAGCACUGGGCUGUGACGUUACCUGUGUACGGCUGUGUGGUCGUCAUACUGGCCUAUCUUGUGUACUUCGGACUCUUCCUCCUCAAUACACCUCCCCUCACAUCCGUGCAUACCGUUACAGAUGAGUACUCCCAUGAUGCAUCUGAAUACCCUGUUCCAUCUGAAGAGGCCAUACCUCCAUUGUGUGACAUGUCGGUGUCAGAGGUCAGCCGACUACUGUACUUGAAGGGCAAGGUCACUAGCUGAAGUCAACGGUGUGAUACAGCUCUGAUGCAAGAAGAUGCAUAUGAAUAUCCUAUGCGAUCAGAAAGCAGAAGUCCAUUGUGUGACGUAUCAGUGUCAGAGGUCAUCUGACUGCUCUGCAUGAAGGUCAAAGUCACUAGGUGAGGUCAAUGCUGUGAAAUGGAUGAAAGAUGUGACUUUUGUUGAGGUAACUUAACUGCAGAAACAGUGAUUGCUGCUCAGAGAUUGUGAACCACAGGAGAUGUUUGAAAUGGCAAGUGUGGUUUUGUUUUGAAUCAACUUUGAAUACUGUCAUUACUUGUUUGGGGCUUUAAGAGACCCAAAGUAAUAAAUGACAAGAGAUAACUCUGCAGCUACUUUGGGCAUUGAUCAGUUCAGUCACUAGCUUUCACUUGUCUUCGGGCCAAAAAUGACUUCCUGAAGCCAGCGUUUAAAAUUCCCCGCCUGCCCGACCGCCCGGAACGGUUUGUUUUCAUCUCGGACGGUUAAAUUUGAAAAGCAGCCUGUCCGGUGGUCUGGUAGAUAUUUUUACCCCUAGCAUUAA